AUGCCUAUCCAAGAUUAUGGUGUCUGGAAGGCAUACCCUGUGCGCUACAUAGUUGAACAUCAUGAAGAUGACCCACGGUCACCGCAUCUAUCAUUAUACUAUGACGACAGUGGACAACAUCGCAAGGAGGGCUCUCAACGCAACCUUGGCCGGACAGGGAAGGAAAUUCCUGGACUCUUCCGAGCUGCAAUCAAUAUCAAAUCUGGAGACAAGGACUCUCGCCUCGUGUAUUGGGUAGAUCGUGAUUUCAGCCAGCAUCCCAUCAUCGACAGGCUCAGUGUACUGGAACUGGGUUUCCAUCUACUCGAAGAUACGAAGCCGAGCCCUGAUGGUCCAAGGAUUGAUUUUAUCCGGAGUAACUUGUUCAACGUCAACAGCGGCCGGGUUCUGCCACAUGACAUUGAGGGCCCUGAUAACGAUAUUAUUGACGUGCUGGAACCCGAAGUUCGUCAGGCCAUUGAACACCAAGCUGAAGUAUAUAUUUUUGGUGCGCGUUUUAACACAAAAAAUGGAAUCCACGAUGUCCAUAUGAACCAGGGCAACAAAGGACGCUGGAAGGGGGAUGAUGGCAUUUUUCAAGACGGAGCUCUCUUAAUUCAUUUCACAAAUCCUGACCGAUGGGUUGGCAUUUUCCUCGGCUUUGCAUCCCAGGCAGCCCAUACUGAUGAUCGGACUGGACAUGCCAUAUCAUCGGAGACUUGGAGUGACUACCUAAUUGACCAAAGAGGGCAGCCCGAUCUUAUUGAGAAUUCUGUGGCCAUCAAACAGGCAAACAUCAAAGCUCCUGGACGGGGUGGCUCAAAGGAACGACGGGAAUCCGUUACUCUCACCAACCUCACGAGCAAACCUCUCUCCCUUGGGACGUGGCAGAUUCAUAACUCAGCUGGCCAAAUCCAAGUUUUACCCCCUAAUGCAGCAUUGGACGCGAUGGCAACAAAGGUUUUCGACAUCCCCCAUUGUCAUCUUUCCACUAAUGGCGACACCAUCACUCUUGUCAAUGAAUACGGUCUCAAAGUGGAUGGCGUAAGCUACAGUGCCGGACAGGCAAAACCCGACGGCCAGCCCAUUGUUUUUGCUCAUUGA